GCCCCGGUGAGGGAAACGGAGGCGCCAUAGCCACGGUAGUCGUGGCGACCAAGCAACCCGGCAACGCGAGUCAACAACAACAACUGGCCGACCGACCCCCACCCCCACCCCCCCAUCUUGGCCUGGGGACCCUGGCACGCUCCGUCCCCCUCCCCACAUCGCCACUGAGGCCUCCGAAAAGCCGUUCCGCGGACAGAAGCGGGUAGAAGCCGAGGAUGCCCUGACCACGAUGUGAACCUUUUGGUUAUAGAACCUGGCAUCUAUAACAGGAAGAGAAGAAAAAAAAAGCCUUAUUUAUUAUCAUUUUCCCCACUGUUGGCAUGGCAACCCAGGCAUACCUUACAGAGCUACAGGCAGCCCCGAAAGCAUCGCAGCCACCUCAGGCCCCCCCCCAGGCCCAGCCCCAGCCGCCACCCCCACCAGCCCCAGCAGCACCCCAGCCCUCCCAGCCGCCCACUGCUGCUGCCAUCCCCCAGCCCCAGUAUGUCACCGAGCUGCAGAGCCCCCAGCCCCAGGCACAGCCCCCAGGUGGCCAGAAGCAGUAUGUGACUGAGCUUCCGGCUGCCCCAGCGCCCUCCCAGCCGGCCGGAGCACCCACCCCGGCCCCCACGUCACAGCAGUACAUCGUGGUCACCGUCUCAGAAGGUGCCAUGCGAGCCAGCGAGACUGUGUCAGAGGCCAGCCCAGGUGCCACAGCCAGCCAGACCGGCGUCCCCACCCAGGUGGUGCAGCAGGUGCAGGGCACCCAGCAGCAGCUGCUGGUCCAGAGCGUGCAGGCCAAGCCAGGCCAUGUGUCCCCGCUCCAGCUCACCAACAUCCAGGUGCCCCAGCAGGUUCUCCCCACGCAGCGUCUGGUGGUACAGAGUGUGGCACCCGGCAGUAAGGGCAGCCAGGUCUCCUUAACGGUGCACGGAACUCAGCAGGUGCACUCACCCCCAGAGCGGUCUCCAGUGCAGGCCAACAGUUCCUCCAGCAAGACGGCUGGGACGCCUGCGGGCACAGUGCCACAGCCACUGCAGGUCCACGGCGUCCAGCAGAGUGUCCCUGUAUCCCAAGAGAGGUCAGUGGUCCAGGCCACCCCACAGGCACCCAAAGCUAGCCCGGUACAGCAGCUGACCGUGCAGGGGCUCCAGCCAGUCCACGUGGCCCAAGAGGUGCAGCAGCUCCAGCAGGUGCCCGUGCCACAUGUGUACUCCAGCCAAGUGCAGUAUGUGGAGGGUGGCGAUGCCAGCUACACUGCCAGUGCCAUCCGCUCCAGCACUUACCCAUACCCUGAGACGCCACUGUAUACACAGACAGCGGGCACCAGCUACUAUGAGGCUGCAGGCACGACCGCCCAGGUUAGCACACCUGCCCCCUCGCAGACGGUGGCCAGCAGUGGUUCUGUACCCAUGUAUGCAUCUGGCAGCCCAAUCGUCGCCAGCUCCACCAGCAGUGCUGGUGGGGCCAGCAGUGGUGGUGGCGGCAGUGGUGGCAGCGGGGGAAGCACUGGCAGUAGCAGCGGCAGCGGGAAUGGCAGCGGCGGAGCGGGCACCUAUGUGAUCCAAGGCGGCUACAUGCUGGGCAGCACCAGCCAGUCUUAUUCCCACACCACCCGUGCCUCGCCAGCCACCGUCCAGUGGCUCCUGGACAACUACGAGACGGCUGAGGGUGUAAGCCUGCCGCGCAGCACCCUCUACUGCCACUACCUGCUGCACUGCCAGGAGCAGAAGCUGGAGCCCGUUAACGCUGCCUCCUUCGGCAAGCUCAUCCGCUCCGUCUUCAUGGGUCUGCGCACGCGCCGCCUCGGCACCAGGGGCAACUCCAAGUACCACUACUAUGGCCUGCGAAUCAAGGCCAGCUCACCCCUGCUGCGGCUCAUGGAGGACCAACAGCACAUGGCCAUGCGCGGCCAGCCCUUCUCCCAGAAGCAGAGGCUCAAGCCCAUCCAGAAGAUGGAGGGUAUGACCAAUGGUGUGGCCGUGGGGCAGCAGCAGCCUGCAGGGCUGUCAGACAUCAGCGCACAGGUGCAGCAGUACCAGCAGUUCCUGGAUGCAUCCCGUAGCCUCCCUGACUUCACGGAGCUCGACCUCCAGGGCAAAGUGCUUCCCGAGGGUAUUGGACCAGGGGACGUCAAGGCUUUCCAGGUCCUGUACCGGGAACACUGUGAGGCCAUCGUGGAUGUCAUGGUGAACCUGCAGUUCACACUGGUGGAGACGCUGUGGAAGACCUUCUGGAGGUACAACCUCAGCCAGCCCAGCGAGGCACCGCCGCUGGCCGUGCACGACGAGGCUGAGAAGCGGCUGCCCAAGGCCAGCCUGGUGCUCCUCUCCAAGUUCGAGCCCGUGCUCCAGUGGACCAAGCACUGUGACAACGUGUUAUACCAGGGCCUGGUGGAGAUCCUCAUCCCCGACGUGCUGCGGCCCAUCCCCAGUGCCUUGACCCAAGCGAUCCGGAACUUCGCCAAGAGUCUGGAGAGCUGGCUCACCCAUGCCAUGGUGAACAUCCCUGAGGAGAUGCUGCGGGUGAAGGUGGCGGCGGCGGGUGCCUUCGCGCAGACCCUGCGGCGCUACACAUCACUCAACCACCUGGCGCAGGCAGCACGCGCCGUGCUGCAGAACACGGCGCAGAUCAACCAGAUGCUCAGCGACCUCAACCGCGUGGACUUUGCCAAUGUGCAGGAGCAGGCCUCGUGGGUGUGCCGCUGCGAGGACCGCGUGGUGCAGCGCCUGGAGCAGGACUUCAAGGUGACGCUGCAGCAGCAGAACUCGCUAGAACAGUGGGCGGCGUGGCUGGACGGCGUCGUCAGCCAGGUGCUCAAGCCCUACCAGGGCAGCUCUGGCUUCCCCAAGGCCGCCAAGCUCUUCCUCCUCAAGUGGUCCUUCUACAGCUCCAUGGUGAUACGGGACCUGACCCUGCGCAGCGCUGCCAGCUUCGGCUCCUUCCACCUCAUCCGGCUGCUGUACGACGAGUACAUGUACUACCUGAUCGAGCACCGCGUGGCACAGGCCAAAGGAGAGACCCCGAUUGCUGUCAUGGGCGAGUUUGCCAACCUGGCCACCUCGCUGAAUCCCUUAGAUGCGGACAAAGGUAGGCAAGGCACGUCCUCAGCAGGGCCGGGCCAGGGCGGCGGCAGGGCUGGGGUGUGGGCGCCAGCCCUGUGCUGAGUGGCAUGGUCCGUGUG